AUGGUGCCUGGAGUGCGUGCGGGUAUAUCACUUACCUCGGGUUUGGUACUUGGUGUACUCUUGUCAGUACUAUUAUUUCUACCUGACGAACUGAUCCCUCCAAAAACGUCGAACGAGGAGUUACCAAGUGAGCACUGGGAAGUUAUCAUCAAAAAAGUCGCAACUGCAGCUAAUGGUCAAUUUCAGACCCGGAAGGUUGUUAGAGCUGGAUUUGCAGCAACUGAAUUGGGAAUACGGGACAAAGUUGUGGUCCUCAUUCUCGGACAGUCUUCAUUAAUGGUCGCAUUGAAUGCAUCCAUCGGUCCGCAUGUACCUCACUUACAGCUUUUCGCUGAUAUCUCUCGUAUCGAUAGUGACAUAGCCAGUCUUCCCAAUCUCACACCAUACAGAUUAAAUGGACAGCACUCACACAUACCAGUUCUCAAUCUUAUUUUUAAUAUGACUAUGCACGAAAAAUUUGACUGGUAUUACGUGAUACCUGACACGACAUACGUAAAUCCAUUUGAACUGAUGCGAUUUGUUAAUCACGUGAACUGGAACCGUCGUGUAAUUAUUGGUGUUGGAAGUGGAGACGAUUCAAACAGAUGUAGUUUGCAAGCUGGAAUCUUACUAACAAAUUUUGCUAUGCAAUCGCUUAUACAGUACAGAAACUUGUGCAGUUCCAUAUCCAGCCGUUCAGAUCACAGUGCAUUCGAGCUAUGCAUUCAUCUUACAACAAAUUUAUCGUGCACCAUCGAUGGAUUAUCUGAAAACGGCAGUGGUACAGCAAUACAUGAUACUGUUGGGUGGUGGGCAUCAUCAUCGCAAGAUUUUAAUCGAUCACUGAGUGUUUCACCUUUGCUUUCGGACGUAGAUGUUCAUGCGCUUCAUCAGCAUUUCUUACAUGUCGAAUUGAAUCGUACAGAAUAUGAAAUUGAUCGCUUAUCUGCUGAAAUUGUUUCAUUAUCGUAUGAUAUUAAUGACGGUCCGUCACAGCCAGCUGGUUUACCACCAUAUUCAAAAGCACCAGAUCGGUAUCAGGUUCCGAAAUGGCAUUUCUUUACAAACACAGAAAUUUUCAAAAACGAAGCGAAUCAAAAUGUUUACGCAUUAACUGGAGAUGAUAAGUUGGAUGUUGAAGAAAUAGUUGCAGCAGCUCGAAAAUUUAUUGAAGAAAGUGAUGAAGGAAGUGAUGAAGAAUUUUUGCAACUUCGAAAUGGCUAUCGUUUGUUUGAUCCAUUGCGGGGUAUGGACUAUAUUGUAGACUUGUUAUAUCGUAACAAAUAUGGUGGUAAGGUGCAUCGCGUUCAUCUGACCCGAAUAAUAUCUAAUAAUCAACUUUUACAACAAGUACCUUAUGUAAAAGAAGAUACUGAUUUAACAAUCUUAAUACCGCUUGGAUCAAAUGAUGAAGUGGGCGCUGUUCGUCGACUCAUAGCUCAUUAUAUGAGCCUAUGCCAGUCAUCAGUUGGUGAUAACCGACAAACCAGAUUGAUUGUGGCUGUACGUGGUGUUGAUCCUUUCGUCAUUCGCCUAAUUAACGAUGAUAUUAUUGAAUUAAGAAUACGGUGUAAACCAGCACAAACAGAAACUAUGUUAUUAAUAUUGAAGCAGGAUAGUCAUCCGAUUAUGGCAGCGGCAGCACUGGAUGAAGCAGUUGAUCAUUUUGGCCAGCAAAUGAUGUAUCUGUUGUUAUCUCCGCAUGCUGACAUUCAGCAUGAAUUUCUUGAUCGAGUGCGCAUAAAUACUAUCAAACAUUUUCAAGUAUUCUUUCCGCUUCCGUUUGUGGAAUAUCAUCCUCGAAUUACAGCUCACGAAAUGAGUGACACUGAUCAAAAUGCCAGAUCACUGGAAAUGAAUGGUGCAGAUACAUUUAUGAGCAAGUUCCGUGAUGCUACUUUUAAACGAAAUAUACGGCCAGUUAUUGUUCAUAAGGAUCGAGGUCACUUCGAUCCCUUGGAUUUUUCUGUCUUUUCUUUGUACGGUGCAGAUUUCAUACAAACUCGUUCACGCUUGAACAGUAAAUCAUUGCUGUUAGAUUUGUCAUCACUGUUUCUUGGUCAUCAGAGUAUCCACAUGAUGCGAGCUAUUGAGCCAGCUCUGCGGCUACGAUACCACAGUCGAGUUUGUAAUCCGGAAUUAGUGGAUACGCACUAUGCUCGUUGUUUACUUAGGCGACGUGAAGGACUUGCCUCUAAGGCACAGUUAGCUAAUUUGUUGCUCAGUCGGAAAGCGAGGAAGAUGGUAGUUGUUUAA